AAUCUAUCCACUGUGUGGUGCAUAGACUGACACACUUUCCCAUUUGUAUGAAAUAAACUAGAUUGUGAAGAGAAGUUGGCUUCCUAUACUUGGAAACCUUAAUCGAUAUUGAAGAAAAAUGGCAACAAUUAUUGCUGGCACCUCAACUUCUUCAAUCAUCCGCUCAGGUCUUGUGUACAAGCAACCUCUUGGAGUCUCAUUCCAUACCGUUGUUGGGUUGCCAUCAAUGGCUAAGGUUGGAAGAGUGAGGUGUUCCAUCGAAGGAAAGCCUGAUGUGCAAGAAAGCAGCUCAAACAUAGGAAUGGGAGCAUCCCUGAUAGCAGCUAUCUCUGCUGCAACCAUAUCAAGCCCGGCAGCCAUGGCUUUGGUAGAUGAGAGAAUGAGCACUGAAGGAACCGGGCUUCCCUUUGGGCUCAGCAAUAAUCUUCUUGGUUGGAUCUUGUUUGGUGUCUUUGGUCUUAUUUGGACUUUCUAUUUUAUCUAUGCUUCCUCCCUUGACGAGGAUGACGAUUCUGGAUUGUCUCUGUAAAACCUCAAAGGAUCUGCACUGUAGAAGUUGUACAGUCCAAUCCUUUUUUUGUUGUAUUAAAGAACUACUUUAUUAUUCA